UUGUAAAACACACUCUCACACAUAAGAAGUAUCGCCCUCUAACUAUUCAUUCAUUCACACACAUUUGGCUUUUUCUUCUUUCAAACCCCAAUCUCUCUCAUUCAUUCAUCUCACUACUACCAACAAUAUUAACAACUCUCUCAUUUUUUCUCCUUCAUUGACGAUCUCUACGAAGCAAAAUACCCUUAUAAUUAUUUCAACAACACACUCUUUCUCUUUCUAUCUUUCUCUCUCCUUUUUUGGAUCUCUACUCAAUCACUGGUUCGAACAAUUCCUGUGUUGGGCCGUCCAUACAGGGCUUUCCUCAUACUUCAAUUGGGUCCCCUUUUAGUGAACGGUUGGAUUGGUCCCCUGGAUUAGUCGGACUUUGGCCCGGAUACCGAGUUUCCACAACAAAAGUUAAUAGUGUAUUUUUAUGAUAUAUAAUUAGAUACUGACUUUGGUGAUUUGGGGGAUUGAGUUUAAAGGAGUGUGGUUAGCAAAUAUGGCUUCCUCUUCUGCAACUCUUGCUAGUUCUGCUGCUUCUGAUCUUCUGAGGAGUUCGACUGGCGGUUUCACUGGUGUUCCUUUGAGAACCUUGGGAAGGACAGGGCUGGUUUUGAAAAGAAGGGACUUAACAGUUAGUGUUACUGCUAAGUUGAGGAAGGUGAAGAAGAAAGAGUAUCCAUGGUCUGGUAACCUUGAUCCCAAUGUUAAAGGUGGGGUGUUGACUCAUCUCUCUCCUUUCAAGCCACUCAAAGAGAAGCCAAAGCCGGUCAUUUUGGAUUUCGAAAAGCCUCUUCUUGAUCUGGAAAAGAAGAUCAGCGAUGUUCGGAAGAUGGCAGAUGAAACUGGUUUGGAUUUCAGUGAUCAGAUUUCCUCAUUGGAGAAUAAGUACCAAAAGGCUUUAAAGAAUCUAUAUACACAUUUAACUCCUAUACAGAGGGUCAACAUUGCACGACAUCCUCACAGGCCAACUUGCCUUGAUCACAUCUUUAACAUAACUGAUAAGUUUAUGGAACUCCAUGGUGAUCGAAAUGGUUAUGAUGAUCCUGCUAUUGUUACUGGUUUAGGGUCUAUAGAUGGUAGGACGUACAUGUUUAUAGGCCACCAAAAGGGUAGAAAUACUAAAGAAAGUAUUAACCGUAACUUUGGGAUGCCAACUCCACAUGGUUAUAGGAAAGCUCUACGCAUGAUGGAAUAUGCAGAUCAUCAUGGAUUCCCAGUAGUUACUUUCAUUGAUACACCUGGGGCAUAUGCUGACCUCAAAUCUGAGGAACUUAACCAAGGUGAAGCAAUUGCUCAUAAUUUGAGAUCCAUGUUUGGUCUGAAGGUGCCGGUUAUUUCUAUAGUUAUUGGGGAAGGUGGAUCUGGUGGUGCCCUUGCCAUUGGAUGCGCUAAUAAAUUACUCAUGCUUGAAAAUGGAGUGUUCUAUGUUGCCAGUCCAGAGGCGUGUGCUGCAAUCUUGUGGAAGAGUUCUAAAGCUGCUCCCAAGGCUGCUAAAAAACUGAAGAUUACAGCGACUGAAUUGUGCAAAUUGAAAGUUGCAGAUGGAGUUAUACCUGAGCCCCUCGGUGGUGCACAUGUUGAUCCAAGUUGGACCUCUCAACAGAUAAAAAUUGCAAUCAAUAAAGCUAUGGAUGAACUCACUAAGAUGAACACAGAAGACCUGUUAAAACAUCGCAUGCUUAAGUUCCGAAAACUCGGUGGGUUCAAGGAAGGAAUUCCUGUAGAUCCCAAGAAAAAAAGAAACAUGAAGAAGAGUGAUAUACCUCCUGCGAAAAUUUCUGUCUCUGAAGUAGAAGUUCAGAUUGAGAAGCUGAAGCAACAAAUUUUGAAGUCCUCUUCUCAGCCUCCGAAACUCAAUUUAGAUAAGACGAUAAAGAAACUGGAAGAGAAACUGGAAAAGGAGGUUGAUCAAGAAUUGUCUGAGGCUGCUAAAGCCUUGGGCUUAACACAAAGUUUGUCGAAACUACGUGAUGAAUUUUCAAAAGCAAGUUCAGAUGACCAACCUCUUGAUCCAUUGCUGAAGGGUAAGAUAGAAAAACUACAGGCAGAUUUUAAUCGAAGGUUGUCAGCAGCUCCUAAUGCUAACAAGCUGAAGAAGAAGCAUGGCAUGUUGAAAGAAUUGACUAAAGUGAAGCUUCUUCUGUCAGAUAGAAACAAGGAUAUACCUCCUGCGAAAAUUUCUGACUCUAAAGUAGAAGUUCAGAUUGAGAAGCUGAAGCAACAAAUUUUGAAGUCCUCUUCUCAGCCUCCGAAACUCGAUUUAGAUGAGACGCUAAAGAAACUGGAAGAGAAACUGGAAAAGGAGGUUGAUCAAGAAUUGUCUGAGGCUGCUAAAGCCUUGGGCUUAACAGAAAGUUUGUCGAAACUACGUGAUGAAUUGCCAAAAGCAAGUUCAGAUGACCAACCUCUUGAUCCAUUGCUGAAGGGUAAGAUAGAAAAACUACAGGCAGAUUUUAAUCGAAGGUUGUCAGCAGCUCCUAAUGCUAACAAGCUGAAGAAGAAGCAUGACGAAUUGACUAAAGUGAAGCUUCUUCUGUCAGAUAGAAACAAGGAGGUCGCUUCUUCAAAAAUAAACAAGGAGGCCGCAACACUUACGCAAGAACUGAAGAAGAAAUUUGAUGAUGUCAUGAAUAAUCCUAGAAUAAAGGAAAACUAUGAGGCAUUACAGUCUGAAAUCCAGCGAGCAUCCUCAGCAAGCGAUUUGGAUGAUGAAUUGAAGAAGAAAAUCAUUGAGUUCAAUAAUGAGGUAGACUUGCAGGUGGCUAAUGCUGUGAAGUCGGUCGGGUUAGAUGUUCAGUUUGUAAAACCAGGACAAGAUGGCAACAAGUUUUUGGUGCGUGAGAUAGAAGAACUAAACAAGGAUGUGAAAAAGGAAAUUGAUGUUUUGGCAAACUCGUCGACAGAUAUUAAGAGAAUGAUAGAGCAAUUGAAAGUGGAGGUCGCCAAAGCUGGAGGGACACCAAAUUCGGAAUCGAAGAAUAGAAUUGUUGCUUUGACGCAAAAAAUAAAGCGGAGCCUUGCAGAGGCCGUAGGCUCUUCUAGCUUGAAAGAGAGAUAUGAAAACCUGAUGUCUGGAACCUCUGGGGAUGGAAGUUUGAAAGUAGGAAAUGGUCUCACCGAUGAUGAGUUGAGAGAGAAAGUUGGUGCAAAUUGCUCCUUUUCUUAAUAGAAUGCUGCUCAUGUGGAGUUGGUGAAGAUGGUGCUGACAGUUUAAACUGCAUCAGUGUCUUCCUGAUGAUAUAUUUUACCAAUAUCUUCAGCCACUUGUACAUCAUCUAGCAUCAUGGCCAUACAUUUCUUAGAAACAUGUUUUGAAGAUUUAAAAGAUGAGAUACCAUGCGAAUUGUGGCUGAUAUAUUUUUCAAUCAUCUAGACUACAAGCGCGAAUAAAAUUUAAAACCAUUUUGUAUUUGUUUGAGUUAGAAUGUUGCAGUUAAUUUUAGAAUAACUUGCUUUAUCUCCAUCUCUUUUUCCUUAGUCUUGAAUGUUUCCCUGAAUAGACAAAGAUGAACAUAUAAAUUAUUUGUGUUUGAAGAUAAUAACAUGAUGUUGUGGUGUUGAAAUGUCUUAUUUGCAAGAAUGAUUGCCCUACUUAAUUUUGAAGAAUACUUGUAUUGUCUUA